AGCGAGAUUUCGAAAUUUUCGAAGAGAAUCGAAUAUGAAUGAUUAAGCGGAAACCAGACUUCCAACGACCUUUACAAUGAGACAAAUAAGUGUCCAUCAAUACAUACCGGUGAAUGCAUAAUGGCCAUAUCGAGUUCUAAAUGUGUCUAGAUUUUUCGCAUAGGUUGAGUUUUUCCCGUAGGUUAACUGCCCGGUCUUCAGGCGAGUAGAAGUGAGGGUGUACUGUUAGAUAAACUGUGCUUUUUCACAGAAGCGUCUUACAUGAAUAAGUCCUUACUUGGCGUUUUGCUAUUAAUAUUGUAUGGUUUAAUGAUAGUCAAUACUGUGAGAAAGAAAAGUACAAAAGAGAAUACGGAAAAGUUAGUCCACAUUGUUUAACAUGGACUUUGUACAACUGUCACUAACAUGUAUCCAUUUCUAGAUCUGAUAUCAAGGUUGAGGGUGUUUCGACAGUGGCUGUUGAUCAUUUUAAAAAAACAUGCAGUAUUACAUUAGUUAUAAUCACAGUAUUAAUGUUUCUAAUUGCAGCCGCUGCACUAAUUAUCAAAGCAUUUCUAGUAAAACCGAUUCAUAAUGACAUUGUCAAUAAAUAUCAAACUAAUCAAACGCUCCUGGAUAUACAGAGUGAUAUCUGUUCCGUAAUUAAUCUUCAAGAUUUCAAUAUGUUCACAUUUCCGGUUGCAUGUGCUCUAAUCAUUUUAUAUGCUACAUUAUCAAAAAGAAAUUCAUUUAAAAAAAAUUUAUGCAAAGGAUAUUUCGCUCCACCAGUGCCACUCGAUUAUUUUGCACGUAUUAAACGAAAACUUGCAGCCAUCGUUUUUGCCGUAACAGCACCUGAGCUGCACGAAAUUGUUUAUCAAGUAGUAACGAAAAAUACGUCUAACGGAGAAGGUUGGCGAUAG